AUGAGUUCUCAAAACUUUGACUCCGUACCUACCGUCACUAUCAUCGGUGCUGGUCCCUGUGGGUGUGCCUUUGCAGCAGACCUCGCCAGUCGGGGAAAGGAUGUCAUGCUCUACGCCCAUCCCGAACACCGAGGUGGAACUGAUAUGAUCGAGAAGAAUGGUGGCUGGCUCAAUGCCGAUGGCGAGAUUAGUGGCAGAUAUCAAAUCAAAACCACAAGUGAUCUGUACCUCGCCAUCCGUCACUCCUCUUUCCUCGUUACCACGGUCCCCUCAUACGGCCAGGAUACGAUCUUGACAUUGCUCAGUCAGUUCGACCUCCGAAAACACACCCUCGUUAUCAACGUGGGCAACUUUUUCUACCUCUCUGCUCGCCAAAAGGUCAACGCUCACUGCAUCCUCGAGACCGACAUCUCCCCAUACGCCGUUCGCAUCACCGGAGACACUGUCUUUGUCAAGGGAUGCAAGAAGAGCCUGGCCAUCUGGGCCGAGCCACCGACUACCCAAGUCGAUCGACUUGACCCACAGGCCGAACUCGGCCUUCGUCGACAAGUCGAGUCGAUCUUUUCCCAGAAGCUGAACUGGUGCACCAACCUGCUGGAGGUCGGACUCAACAAUGUGAACCCGGUCGUCCAUUGUCCCGCGGUCCUCAUGAACGCGGGCUGGAUUGAAGCCACCAAGGGCGACUUCUUUUUCUAUGCCCAGGGAAUGUCACCUUCCGUCUCCCGUGUGACGGAGAAGUUGGAUCUGGAGCGUCUUGCCAUUGCUCAUGCCUAUGGUCUUGAAAUCACCCCUAUCACUGCCUAUAUGAACCAGAACUACAGCAACCCCCGACAGUACAGCGACUACCAUGAGUUUGCAUCGGGGUCUGUUGUUCACAACAAAACCAAGAGCUCUCCCAGCUCCUUGAACCACCGAUAUCUCCUUGAAGACAUCCUCUAUGGAUUGGUCCCUUGGUAUGAGCUCGGCAUGAAGGUCGGUCUGACAUCGCCGACCAUCAGGGCGCUCAUCGAAAUGGCGCAGAUUGUCAGUGGAUUCGACUAUUUCGAAAAUGGCAGGACUCUCACGGCCGCAGGCCUGGGUGAUGCCACCAAGGAGCAAGUGCUCAAUGCUUUGGGUGGACCCGUGGAGAAGGCUCCUGUGCACGCAGCUUUCCCUGACUCUCCCAUUGGCAAUAGUAUUGAGUCGCAUGCUCCACUGCAGACAGCUCAAGUUGUCGGCUGA